AUGGGUCUCGAGACCGACUUCGCGAGGACGCAGCUGCAAGCGGUCGCGGCGACGAAGGCGCUCGCGCAGGAGCCGCGUCUCGAGUAUCGCACCGUGACCGGCGUCAGCGGCCCGCUCGUCGUGUUAGACAAGGUCAAGUCCGCGCGGUACGCGGAGAUCGUGCGCGUCGAGCUCGGGGACGGCACCGCGCGACGCGGGCAGGUGCUCGAGGUGGACGGCGAGCGCGUCGUCGUGCAAGUCUUCGAGGGCACCUCGGGGGUGGACGCGCGAAACGCGACGCUCGCGUUCACGGGCGAGGUGUUGAAGGCCCCGGUCGCGGAGGACGUCCUCGGGCGGAUAUUCAACGGCAGCGGCGACCUCAUCGACGGCGGUCCGAGGGUGAUGCCGGAGAAGCUCGUGGACGUGCAGGGGUCGUCGAUCAAUCCGUCCGAGCGCGCGCACCCGGAGCGGAUGAUUCAGACCGGGAUCAGCGCGAUCGACGUCAUGAACAGCGUCGCGCGAGGGCAGAAGAUCCCGCUGUUCUCCGCCGCGGGGCUGCCGCACAAUGAGAUCGCGGCGCAGAUCUGCCGGCAGGCCGGGCUCGACGAGUUUUGCAUCGUCUUCGCCGCGAUGGGGGUCAACACCGAGACCGCGAACUUCUUUCGCAAGGACUUCGAGAGCACGGGCGCGAUGGAGAAGGUGGUCCUUUUCCUAAACCUCGCGAACGACCCGACGAUCGAACGCAUCAUCACCCCGAGAAUCGCGCUCGCGACGGCGGAAUUUCUCGCGUACGAGAAAGGGAAACACGUCUUGGUGAUACUCACGGACAUGUCAUCAUACGCGGACGCGCUCAGGGAGGUAUCCGCCGCGCGAGAGGAAGUCCCAGGACGACGUGGGUACCCGGGGUACAUGUACACGGACCUCGCGACGAUUUACGAGCGCUCCGGGUGCAUCAAAGGCCGCGGAGGAAGCAUCACGCAGCUGCCCAUACUGACGAUGCCGAACGACGACAUCACGCACCUGAUUCCGGACCUCACCGGGUACAUCACGGAAGGGCAGAUAUACGUCGACAGGCAGCUGCACAGCCGUCAAAUAUACCCGCCGAUAAACGUCUUACCGUCGUUAUCGCGACUGAUGAAGAGCGCGAUCGGCGAAGGGAUGACGCGCGAGGACCACGGCGAUGUGUCGAAUCAACUGUACGCCAACUACGCGAUCGCGAAAGACACGCUCGCCAUGAAGGCCGUCGUCGGCGAGGAAGCGCUCAGCGACGAGGACGCGCUGUAUCUUGAAUUCUUGGACGCGUUCGAGCGCGAGUUCAUCGACCAAGGGAACGUCGGACGGACGAUACGCGAGUCGUUGGACGUCGCGUGGACGACGUUGCGGAUUUUCCCGCGCGAGCUCCUGAGGCGCGUGCCCGAGAAGAUACUCGACGCGUACUACUGACGACCGCCGACGACCGCGCGCGCGGGAGUCGAGGUCGCCGCGCGAGAGACGUACGACGGGAGCGGGGGGAGGCGCGGGCGACGACGGGUUGUUGAGGACGGCGACGACGAGACGCGCGCGCGGACACGGUACCUUCUCCGCGAAGGCUACACGUGUAGCUAGAGUCUAGAAAAAGUUGUCAUCGCUGCGGCGAUCUUCGUCACGAGAUCGAUCG